AUGUCUUUCAGCAACUUCGUUACAGGUUUGGCGUUCGCGGCUAGCGUAGCAGCUUGUCCCGGUCAUAGCAACCAUCAGUCAUAUGCCAUCAAGGCGCGUCAAACCGUCCCUAACGUGACGGAGUCGCAGUCGGACUGGGCCUAUGAAGCAUCAUUCAACUGGGGCCGUCUGAAUUCAGAGUAUGUGCUGUGCCAGUCCGGCACGCAGCAAUCCCCGAUUGCCCUGAGCCUGUCCAACGGGCUGUCGCUGAACCACCAGCCCAAGUUUGACUACCCAGACAAUGUGACCGGCAACUUCUACAACUGGAACUACGGCCCGGCCUUCACCGUCACCCACCCGGAGGGCGUCUGGACCAACAACCCCUCCUUCACCUACGACAACGAGACCACCUACCUCAAGGGAUGGCACAUCCACGCGCCAGCCGACCACACCGUCGGCGGCGUACGGUCCAAGGCCGAGAUGCACUUCGUGCACGUCGACGCCGCGGGCCACGAGAAGGCGGUCCUCGCCUUCCGUCUCGACCCGGGCAACACCGACAACGAUUUCUUCUCGCAGCUGCCCGGCAUGAUCGGGUUCAACGAGACGGGCACCACGCAGGAGGUCGGGAUGGAUCUGAGGCCCGCGUUUGAGAGCACUCUCUGGUUCAACGAGUUCUGGACGUACCAGGGCAGCUUGACGAGCCCACCGUGCCAUGAGGGGAUCCGCUGGUUUGUGGCGAGGCAGAUCAUGUUUACUGGUGUUGAUCAGAUGAGGAGUAUCUUAACGGCGAGCACGUACAGUGCUAGGGCUGAGCAGCAGGUUUGGCAGCAUCGCAUCAACGAGUGA